CUAUGUGACCCAUUUAGGUAAUCGCUGGGCUUAUGCAGCCGCAUGUCCCGAUGUGUCUUGGUCGUGUCCCUACUCUCUGAAUGCUGCAAUAACGUCAGUUUAUCGACCCGCAGGUUAAGUCCAGUCUUUAUUUCGCAUAUCUGCCACUGUGGAGGACGCGCUGCUCGCUCUACAGCAUUUUUUGACUGAGCAGUCAGGAUCCUUCUGAGCUUUGAGGUCAGAGGUCAAAGAGUCAUGGGAACCAGGAGGGUGCUGGUAACUGGGUGCUCUUCCGGCAUUGGCUUGGCUGUGGCUGCACGGCUGGCCAAGGAUGAGCUUAGACGCUUUAAAGUGGUUGCCACGAUGAGGGAUCUUAGGAAACGGGGGCCAUUGGAGAAAGCGGCAGGUGACUCCUUAAACAAAACCCUGGAAAUCAAACAGUUAGAUGUGUGUUGUGAAGCCUCCAUCAGAGAGUGUGUCAACAGUCUGCCCAACAGACGGGUGGAUGUUCUUGUGAACAAUGCUGGUGUUGGCAUGAUUGGACCACUGGAGUGCCAAAGUAUCGCUGCCAUGAAGGAGCUCUUUGACACAAACUUCUUUGGCCUGGCACGGCUGGUGAAGGAGUUGCUGCCUGACAUGAAGCAGAGGCAGAGCGGCCAUAUUGUGGUGAUGAGCAGUGUCAUGGGAAUACAGGGUCUUCUGUUCAAUGACGUCUACUCUGCCUCCAAAUUUGCUGUGGAAGGAUUUUGUGAAAGUCUGGCAGUGCAAGCAAUGAAGUUUAACAUCAAGACGACUCUAGUGGAACCUGGCCCUGUGGUAACAGAGUUUGAAAGGAAAGUGAAUGAGGAUGCUGAGAAGAUGGACCUAUCAGGGACAGACGAGGAGACGGCCAAAAUCUUCCGUGAAGUUUACUUGCCAUACUCUAAAAAGGUCUUCGCCUCAUUAGGCCAGACACCAGAGCAAGUGGCUGAGCAAACCGUUAAAGUGAUCACAGCCAAGGAGCCUCCUCUGCGCCACCAGACCAACCGCCUAUACAUGCCCAUGACUGCACUGAAGCAUGCAGAUCCGACUGGUCGGCUGCCUCUGGACACCUUCUAUAAGAUGAUCUUUAAACAUGACAGCGUGUUCAAUGCUACUCUCGGGGUGCUGCGGAUGCUGCAGAGGCGGGCAGGGAAGAAAUAAAGAUUUUACUGUCAAGUUGCAGACUAAAUGUUAUUCUUAAGGAGACAGUGAUUGACUGUGGUAGCUCCAACAUGGCACAGGCCAUAGGAUGUUGUCUGUACAAUGCAGUUACUCUAAAAAUAAUGUUAAUUCCUCAUGUACUGUAAAUAUGCACAUAAUAUUUAUGGGCUUUCUUGCUUUUUACUUGGUUUGUACAGGUAAAUACUGUAUUAUAACAUCAAUGUGAAAUAUAAGCACUCUUCCAUUUUCUGUUCUCAUUAAGUUACAAGAUUAUAUGUUUUACUCUUAAGAAAAACAAGACAUGCCAUGACAAUAAAAAGAAUACAUAAAUUAUA